UUAAACUUUAGUGGGAGUGGUAGGAUAUCAACACUUCCUGUCCCUCAGUCUUUAAAAAGUGGAGAAACAAUCACUUAUUUCAAUAUAAUUCUUUUUUUUGUAACACCUGGUAGUGAAAUUAGCAACAAGAAAAAAAGAGCCAUGCAGUCUUCCUAUUAUCUUUUGAUUGUGUUUGCUUCAUUGCUCUCAUUUGCAUGCUCUGCUCAUGAUAAUAAUUUGGAAGAAGAGUACACUUUCCACAGGGAAUUGGAUCCUUCAGGUCGCUUUGUUCUCUACUGGAGGUUCAACCUCUCAACUGAGACGAUUCACUUUGCAGUUGAUGUUGAGACAGAGGGUUGGGUAGGGUUUGGGAUAUCUCCUACUGGUAGGAUGCCAGGAUCAGAUGUAGUCAUGGGUUGGAUUGAUGACAGGACCGGAGAACCACACUUUAAUGACCGGUAUGCAGCUACUAGAGGUCUCCCUUCAAUUGAUGCAGAGCAGAACUGGUUCCUGACUCAUUCCAGGCAAACUAAUGGUCACACUAUUCUUGAGUUCUACAGAAACUUCAGCUCAUGCGAUGAACAUGAUCUUGACAUUGCUAGUGGAACAACUCGUGUUUUAUGGAGCUGGCAUCAGAAUGACCCAAACAACAACAGAGACUUUCAGAGACAUUCAGUAAUGGGGUCAACCAGUUUGUCUCUUUUAGGUGGACUGCCUACACCUCGAUCAGUACCAAGGGACUCUACAUCUGAAGCAUUUCUUGCUAAUAAUGUGACCAUCCCAAGUCAUAAAGACACUACCUACUGGUGUCAGAUUAAACAUUUCUCUGACUCUACUAAAGAAAAUGAACACAUAUAUGUGUACAGGAUUGCACCCUUGAUUGCUGAGAGUACCAAGCAAUAUGUUCACCAUAUACUCAUUUAUGCUUGCUCUGAUGACAUCUCCAUUGACUAUAAUGUUGACUGUGAUGAUGGUAACAAUAGGAUGAUACUUGAGAGCUGCUAUAAUGGAGAGGUUGUUGCUGGCUGGGCUGUAGGAGGAGAGGAGUUUUAUUUCCCAGAAAAUGUCUCGCUUGAAUUUAACACAUCAAGGACACUUUUACUGGAAAUGCAUUAUGAUAAUCCACACCUUCACUCUGGUAUCACUGAUAAUUCUGGUAUGAAGAUAUACUACUCAUUGGAAGCAACACCACUGAAAGCAGGCAGCCUUGGAAUAGGCUCAACUACAUUUCCUACAUUCAUUAUUCCACCAAAUGCUGAGACUUACACUCAUGAAGCAUUCUGCUCCUCCACAUGUUUAGACAGACAAUUGCCUGAAAACGGGAUAAAGAUUUUUGGCUCAUUUUUGCACACUCAUCUCAUUGGUAAAGCAGUUGGAGUGAAGCACAUUCGUAAGAAUACAGAGUGUGGAGCUACUGAAGAGUUGAAACCAAUUGACAGUGACCCUUACUAUGACUUUAACUAUCAACAGUUCAAUCAUUUACCAGAGCCUGUUCAUCUCAAAAGAGGAGACUCUCUCAUUCUUGAGUGCAUUUAUUCAACAAAGAACAAGAGAAACAAUGUUACAUUGGGUGGCCUGGGGACUAGGAAUGAAAUGUGUGUUGCUUUUCUUUACUAUUAUCCAAAACUUGAGCUCUUUUUCUGUGGACAUCAUCUCAAUCACAGUCUUGCAUAUGAUAAUUUCAUACAGGAGCACUUAAGGCACAAUUCUACUGCAAUUAAUGUAGCCAUGAACAGUCUCAAUUAUUACAAUCCUGAUGGUAUUUCUGAGUCAUUCAACCAAAUCUCUUGGACCAAUGAUACAAUCAGGCAGUUUGAAACUGCAGUUAGAAAUGCAAAGCACUAUCAAGUCUGCUUGUUUGAUGAGGCUCAUUUUUAUGCUGAGGAGCAGCCUAAGAUCCAGUGUGACUAUCAGUCUUACGAUAAGUGCACUGGGUAUCAGCCGCUGUCCUGCUGUGACAGGAUACGUGAAGUGUCCCCCUCUCCCUCUGGAGUGACUCACAUCACUGCUGAGGCUUUCAUGAUAAUGAUACUCUUCAUAAUGGCUGCUGGAUUCAUUUGAAGAACUAAAAUACACUCAUUUGCUGCAUUUUUUUCGUUUUUUUGCCAUUUUUCUGCUACUGACCUUUUAAAUAAAAUAUAAUAGAUGUUAGUUAACUUCAAUCAGGCCACUUUUACUAGUGUGUGCUAACUUAUCAAAAAAUAAUAAUAUCAAAGUUAAUCAUUAUUAUUAUUUAUCAUUCUGAA